UGCUGAGGCAAUCUGCUAUCACACAACACGAAGAAGAAACAGGGAGCAAGAAGCAAUAACAAACAAACCUAGCAGCGGCAAGCUAACGCCAAUUGAAGGAGCCAGGCAUAUUGGCAAUUGUCACUUCUACGGUGGACAAACAUAUUAUUGUUUUAUAUUCUACAAAAUAAUGUAUACGGACUAAACAGAAGACACAGGCAUCUACAGGAUUGUCGAGAAAGUGAGCAGACCAACAUCUUUUAUCGAUUUUACACGGUGACAUGUGAGCAACCAAAGUGAGACAACUGGAAUAACCGUAGAUUACAACCUUUACGGUGCCGAUAUUAAAAGGAUACUAAGUUAAGUGCAACUGUAAGCAACCAAGGAUGGUGCACCUUGGUGUGUGGUCCGUGGGAGCUCGGUUGAAUGUCCCAAUACUGGUUUUCUGCAGCAUACUGGUGACCUCGCCCACACAUGCCUAUAUAUAUGCUCAUUACAGCAAUAUGACCUCCAUGUUAUUUGAGGACCUACCUGCCUUGUUUGGAUCUCCACUUCCUAAGGAUGGACUAAUGGGAGUUUUGGUGGUGUCCCGUCCACUUAAUGGCUGCGCCGCAAUAGACCCUCCUCCUCCAUUGCCACCAUCUUAUGAUUCCAACACCACCAAAUUCAUUGUUCUCAUCAGACGCUAUGACUGCAAUUUUGAUAUAAAGGUCUUGCACGCGCAGAGAGCUGGGUACAAUGCUGCAAUCGUUCACAACAUGUAUUCCGACACUCUGCUCAAUAUGAACUAUAGCAAUGACACUAUUGCAGAGGAGAUUGAGAUCCCCUCAGUAUUCACCAGUUACUAUGCUUCUCAAAUUCUCAGGAAUUUCAUAAUUCCAGAACAAGGGGCCUAUGUAAUCCUCAAGCCUGAGUUUGCUUUUCCGCUCUCAUACUACCUUAUUCCCUUCACUGGAGUAGUUGGCAUGAUCAUUCUUGUGAUGUUUGUUGUCUUGAUUAUACGAUGUGUGCGAUACAGAAAAAGACUGCGCAAAAAUCGUUUGUCCAAGGAACAGCUGAAGCGGAUUCCAACCCACAGGUUCACCAAAGGGGAUGACUAUGAUCUGUGUGCAAUAUGUUUGGAUGAGUAUGAAGAAGGAGACAAGCUGCGAGUUUUACCUUGUUCCCAUGCCUAUCACUGCAAGUGUGUCGACCCGUGGCUCACACAGACCAAGAAGACGUGUCCUGUGUGUAAACAACGCGUCACUCGAAACAACCCAGAGCACUCAGAGUCUGAGUCUGAGGAGGAAACUGGAGGACGUGGGGAGGGGGAAGGAGCAGAGGGUGAAGCAGACUCAGAGCGCACUCCUCUGCUUCGUCCCUCUAACCCUGGGUCCCCCUCAGGGAGCCCAGGGGCCUAUUCAGCUACCACCACCACCACUACUGCCCAGUGCCUCGCCUCCCCUGCACACUGCGACUCUCCCAUCCUGGGUUAUGAAGGCUACUACUCCCCUCAGGAGGACACAGACUCAGAAAGUGAUGACUCAGGAGAGGACAGGCACCACACUGAUGAUGACACUGCUCAGCUCAUUGGUAGGGAUAGAGUGGAGAUCUGAUGGCCGGAACUUAGCUGCAAUGAGAUUACUUAGUUUAGCUAAAAAAAAAAAAAAAA